AUGCCAAAUGGAAGAGAGAAGGCGGGCGGCAGGGAAGCGGUCAAAGUCAAAGAGCAGCCAUAUGAGGAAGAAGAGGAGAGCACUGACGGUGUCCUUGGCUUUGGUAUCAACGUUGUGCUUCAACAGCAUCUGCACCACCUUUGCAUGACCGUUAAGGCAGGCGCCAUGCAGCGGUGUAGUGCCAUCAUCCUGUUUGUGAAUAGCGACCAGGUGCAGCAACAUGAGCCCUCAAAGGUGGUGACAUGUGGGGAAAAAAAAGGCGGGCUUUCAAAGCGUAGUAGCCCAUACGCCCACCGCCAUCAGAACAAACGGCAAAGGACUGAAGCAUCGUCGAAACGUGUAGACACGGCGCUGCUCGUUGCACAGUACCUACGACUGGCUUACGCCUGUGUGUAUGGGGAGAACCUUGUGCCACCUGCUGCGUUGAGUGUGGCUUUUGUCACCGUGCGCACUGUGGGUUCGCGACAAUCGCCACGGCACGCCGCUGUAGGAGAAGGCGCGCUCAAUUGGAUUGAUGGCUACUUCAAGCACACAAGUCCGCCCAUACUUGUGUCUCGAGCUGAUCAAAUGGCCGCUGCACCCGGACCCCUUGCCAUGCCACGCAUUGCCAUCGUGGGCGCCGGUCUCAGCGGUGUCGCGGCGGGUGCCAUUAUCAUCCGGCGCCUCCCAGCGGCUCAGCUCACCAUUUUUGAGCGUGCCGAAGCCAACCGGGAUGAAGGCUACGGCCUUGAUCUGAAUGCCGAGGGCCAGGCGACCCUGCGCGCUGCGGGCAUGUUUCACCGCUAUGGCGAGGUUUCUCGGCCCAACAGCAACGUCACCAAGGUGUUCAGUGCCAGUGCCGAUGCGCCCAUGAGCGUGCGGUGGAAGCCGGCCCUCCUCAAGUGGCUCUUCCCGCGCUCGAUGCCUGACGAGCCCGAGUCAUCGCGCGCCGGCUUGCGUGAGCUCUUCCUCGAUGCCAUGCGUGAGUGUCCUGAACGCGUCGACAUUCGCUACAGCCAAGACGUGCAGGACCUGCGUCCCGUCGAGGGUGGUCAGGCCAGCGAACUGCUCGACGGCCAAGGCCAGCCGCUCGGCGUAUUUGACCUCGUCAUUGACGCGAGCGGAGUGCACAGCAAGCUCCGGCGCCAUCGGGUUGUGGAUGAGGAGGGCCUUCGUUGGGGCGGCCAAAUGUUGAUACAUGGUCUAUUGAAAGAUCCCGAGAGUUCUCUGCCGCCCCAAUUUGUCUCGCGCCUCGGCGAAGGGAGUUUCUUUGUCAUGGCGCAUGGAUUUUUCAUGGCCUUCCAACGCUUCAAGGCCGAGCUGCAGGACCACAGCACCGCUCUCAUCUACAUGUUCCACCGCACCCCCAAAGAGGACGAUCCCUGGGGCGCCUCCGUCUUUGAGGAAGUUGGCAUCAAGCAGGCCCGGACUCGCAGUGCCGGAACGCAUCACAAGGGCUCAGCCGAGCACGACUCCCUGCGAAAAUUUUUGCACCAGGAUAUGAAUAGGGAGAUCCUUCCUCGCCUGAUCUUGCCAACACCCGAAGGCCUGUAUGAGGCUCUUGUUCAGAAUCAACCGCAAAAGUCAGACUUUGUGGUCCAAAAGGUCCUCGGCACUGGCCAGUUUGGUAAAGUCGAUCUGGUCAAGGAUACCAAAAACAACCAGCUCUUUGCCAUGAAGACGUUGCUCAAAUCAGCAAGCGCCAACGAUCAAGCCCAAGUCUUUGAAGAACGCGACGUUAUGGUUGCUGCAAACGGCAUGGGCAAGUCCCAGUGGAUUACACACCUCCACUAUACCUUCCACGACAACGCCGCCUUGUACCUGGUGCUAGAUUUCCACCCGGGGGGUGAUCUCUUCGCCCUGAUGGAUCGAGUCAAGGCCCUCUUUGGGACCGACCCGGACACGUCCGGGUGGCCCUGCUUUCCGGAGGAAGUGGCGCGCUUCUACGUGGCUGAAUUGCUCCUCGCGCUCGAGGAGUUGCACGGUCUUGGAUUUCUUCACCGCGACAUCAAGGCCGAGAACCUCAUGGUGGGCGCAGAUGGUCAUCUGCGUCUUGUUGAUUUUGGUAGUGCCAUUCGCACGGACAGCAACGGCAUGGCCUACUCUCGCCCAGUGGGCACCCCCGCCUACCUGCCCCCCGAGCUGGUGGGUGCCUUCAACGGACAACAAGACAUUGCAUACACCCCCCAGUCUGCAGCCGUUGACGUCUGGGCAUGUGGCAUUACUGUCUUUGAGCUGGUCAACGGCGAUGUACCCUUUGGUGUCGACGCCUUUGAGGUGUAUCCGGUUCUGGAAGAACUAUCCAAAGACCCCGAUGGUGUGCAUUCUCGCUUAGACUUUCCCGAACCUACCUCGCAGUCAUUUAAGGACUUUGUCUUUGCGCUCGUUGCAGCCAAAGACCAGCGGCCGUCCGUGCGUGCUGCCAUGAACCACCCAUUCCUAUGCGACUUGCAACUGACUGAACCCAGCGUAUUGCAGCGACUUAAGCCGCCGUUCGUGCCUCAGCUGAAGACGGCCGAUGACACCUCUCACUUUGACGAGGUGGAGCCUGCUAGCUUGCGCCAAUUUGCCGCACAAAAUCAGCCCUUUGUGCAAGUCAACUCGGACUUUGAUCCCAGUGCCCUCAGCUUUGUCGGUUUCACCUACAGCCAUGAACCCGACUUGGUGAACAAUUCGACCAACAAAACAAGGGAACCCAGAACAGCGCUCAAGAGCCAAACAGCGGUGCGGGAGGGAUCUGAAGCCCCAGAGCGCUCACGGGAAGUGGCCGAGCUGCGUGAAAGGCUUGCCAGCGCGCGUGCUGAGCUACAACAGCACCAAGGUGCUCUUGUUGACCGUGAUCACAAAGUCAAGACCUUGCAAGAGGAACUGGAGCGCUUCAAAGACCAGGUGGCAAAUCUUGAGUCGGACCGAGCACAGCAACAAAGCCAACUCGACAAGUUGCAAGCUGCGACGUCCGACCAACACCGUGAUAAGCUGCGCCGCAAUAGCAGCAUGACGACGAACAUAAAUGCCCUGCAAGAUCAACUGGCCAGCUUGAACGAGGAAAAUUGCGAGUUGCGUGCUCGCCUUGAAAGCGCCGAGGCCCUGGCCGACGAACGACAGCGAUUGGUGCGCGAAGCGCAGCGCUCGCGCCAAGACGAGACGGCUAAGCGUGAGGGCCUUGGCCUGGAACUUGACAAGUGUCAAAAUCAAUUGACGCGAGCCGAGCGCCGCAUUGAAAGUCUGGAGCAACAGGCCCUGGACGCGGCUGAGAAGAAAAUUCAACGCCUUCAGGAGGAGCUGCAGGCCAAGAGCUCGGCCCCGGGAUCAGGACCGGCGUCUACCCGCACACGCCAAGGCCUGCGGCGCUCACGAUCCAUCUUUGCUGAGGGGACAGAAGAAGGACCGCAGGCUCAGCGUGAGAUUCGUCUCCUACAAAGCAAGCUCGAGCGUGCCGAGCAUGAUCUGCAAACUAUGCGUGAGCAAUACGACCGAGUAAUCGAUGGAGGUGAAAAUAGCGUCAUGGCUUCACGUGCUGCCACUAGACGUCCUUCGGCCAUGUCCACGGCUGGACUUGACCCGGUGCCGGAGCACGCUCCUCGGACUCAACAGUCGGCCGCUUCGCCUUACCACAACCAAGAGGCAUUUUGGGAGACGGACGCCAUCAUGACCCCUUCGCCCCGGCGCAUGCGCAACACUCGCUUUAGCAGCGAUGGAAGCCCCAUGCGCUUGCUGCCUGAGGCACCAGCACAUCAGCCCCACGGCAAGCGAGCACCGCCACCUCUUCCGACCCGCAAGCCCAACUUGCCCGUGCAGGCCGUCGUCGAUGGCUGUGAGCAUGCUCCGCACGGCCGUUUCGAGGCAGCUGUGCUCAUGCGCGAGCCUCAUGUCGUCUUACAGGAACGAGGCGCAGAACCGCACACGCCCCCCGUUGUUACCAUCAACUUGAGUGACAUUAGCCAUGUCGUCCAGUUGUGGGAGCAGUUGCCCAAGCCAUUGGUACAGUUGGCAAACUUGACACCCAGCGAGCAGGAUCGGGCGCUUGCUCUGACCGUGCAGGUGGCGGGCCACAUGGAGCUUCGCGUGGUGCUCGUGGCCUCGUCACUCGGCAUCAAGGCUAGCAUCACCAAGCAGAUUCGUGCUAUCCACCGCAACUUCCCCAGCCCCAGUGGAUGGCAGGUGCGCCCCCGCUUCCAGCUACCCGAUGUGCAGAUUACGGGCCUGGCGCAGUUGCCCUGGACAGAUUCGGAAUGGCUUGUGGGAACGAGUGACGGUCUGCUCUUUGCAGACAUUGUCCAGCAAGAUGACUCCCAGAGUGGCACUGCCGGGAGCACACAAGCCGUGGCAUUUACGACGUUUACGCACGCAGUACACAGUCUGCAGGUCUUCCAGCAUCGGCGGCAACGCUAUGCCGUCUUGUGCUAUGGCGAGUCGCGUGCACUGGCUUUUGUCAACAUGUCACAACUUGAGCGGUCCAAGCGCACGGGUCCUGUGCCGUUCCAGCCUCGGCGCCACGUUAGCACCCGACGACGCUCUGAACCCAUUAUUGAAGCUGGUUUUGACAUGAGCAAGCUGGCUGAGGUUGAGCCGGCCGAUGUCACUGGCUUUGCUGUCGGCUCGGUCGAGGGUGCCGUGUACAUGGUCGUGGCCACCACAGAGGCCCACCACUUUUACAGUAGCUCGAGCGUGGACUCUCUGGACCUGCAGCUGCGGCGCCAGGCCAACGGGCGCAUAUUUGCGCACACAGGGCCGAGCUUGCGCUGGAUGCCCCGUGUCCAGCGCUUCGCCUGGAUGGCCCAUGACGUUUGGUACUGCCUUGAUCCCGUCAAGUUGCAGGUUAUGUCCGUUCUGGACGAGGAGAACGGCGCGCUGGCCGAACACGUGGCGCGCCAAACGACGGGUGACGUACGAGCGGUCGACAUUGUGGACCUGGCCCCCACCCGUACGCUGCUAGUCUACGAGGACUACGGCCUGUUGGUUACAGAGAAUGGCCGCCCGGUGGCAGGCGACACCCUCAAGCUUGACUGGACCGCAGCCGGUGUGCAGCAAGUCAUUUGGGCUGGCCAUACUUUUGUGCUGGUUACGGCCACCAAGGAGUUGGCUGUCCUUACACCCGACUCGUAUCGCCUCUCCAUGCUGCCCGUGCGACGGGUCGAGCGCGUCUUUCGCUACGAUCAGGACGUGAUUAUGCUACAUCGCGACGAUCAAGGUCAUAUGCAGCUCAGUUUGAUGACCCGUCCACUUCUUUCCAUGGUGACACGUGCGCGCCGCUCUGCACGUUCUCUGCGCUCCGCCCUGGCCCACCAUGAAUCCGAGUUGGACACGGUCAAUGAGCUUUCACACCAACUGCGAAACUUGGAAGACACCCUCAAGGAGAUGAGUUAG